UCCAUUGAAGAGUGUCCCGGAGCAGACAGUAUGGAGGUCCUAGGCGAGCCUGCCCAGCCUCCCAAUGGCAGCUGGCCCUUGAGUCAGAAUGGGAGCGAGGCUGAGGCUGCCCUGGCCGCCAGCCCCAUCUUCUCCUCCUACUACCAGCACUCCUCGCCAGUGGCCGCCAUGUUCAUCGUGGCCUAUGCCCUCAUUUUCCUCCUCUGCAUGGUGGGCAACACCCUGGUCUGCUUCACCGUGCUCAGGAACCGGCACAUGCGCACCGUCACCAACAUGUUCAUCCUCAACCUGGCCGUCAGCGAUCUGCUGGUGGGCAUUUUCUGCAUGCCUACCACCCUUGUGGACAACCUCAUCACUGGUUGGCCUUUUGACAAGGCCACAUGCAAGAUGAGCGGCUUGGUGCAGGGCAUGUCUGUGUCUGCAUCCGUCUUCACACUGGUGGCCAUCGCCGUGGAAAGGUUCCGCUGCAUCGUGCACCCUUUCCGCGAGAAGCUGACUCUCCGGAAGGCGCUGCUCACCAUCGCAGUGAUCUGGGCGCUGGCGCUGCUCAUCAUGUGUCCCUCGGCGGUCACUCUGACCGUCACGCGCGAGGAACAUCACUUCAUGCUGGACGCUCGCAACCGCUCCUACCCGCUCUACUCGUGCUGGGAGGCCUGGCCGGAGAAGGACAUGCGUAAGGUCUACACCGCAGUGCUCUUUGCUCACAUCUACCUGGCGCCGCUGGCGCUCAUCGUGGUGAUGUACACGCGCAUCGCUCGCAAGCUGUGCCAGGCCCCGGGCCCAGCGCGCGACGCGGAGGAGCCGGUGGCCGAGGGUGGCCGCGCGUCGCGCCGCAGGGCUCGCGUGGUGCACAUGCUGGUCAUGGUGGCGCUCUUCUUCACGUUGUCCUGGCUGCCGCUCUGGGCGCUGCUGCUGCUCAUCGACUACGGGCAGCUGAGCGAGUCACAGCUGCACCUGCUGUCGGUCUACGCUUUUCCCCUGGCACACUGGUUGGCCUUCUUCCAUAGCAGCGCCAACCCCAUCAUCUACGGCUACUUCAACGAGAACUUCCGCCGUGGCUUCCAGGCUGCCUUCCGUGCACAGCUCUGCCGGCCACCCUGGGGAGCCCACAAGCAAGCCUACUCCGAGAGGCCCGGCCGCCUCCUGCGCAGGCGGGUGGUGGUGGAUGUGCAGCCCAGCGACUCGGGCCUGCCAUCUGAGUCAGCCCCCAGCAGCGGGGCCGCAGGGCCUGGCCGCCUGCCUUUGCGCAAUGGGCGUGUGGCCAACCAGGAUAGGCCCCGGGAAGGACCUGGCUGCAACCAUGUGCCCCUCACCAUCCCAGCCUGGAACAUCUGA